GAGAACAUGCACAGCCCUCCCUCUCCUUUGGUUCAGUAUAAAAACUGAGGACACCACACAUUCUGUCCUUUUUUCCUCCACUCUUUAUCAGGGGACGUCUUCAUUGCUGGACACAGUAAAUCAAAAUGGGAAAGGAAAAAACCCACAUCAACAUUGUGGUCAUUGGCCAUGUCGACUCCGGCAAAUCCACCACCACAGGCCACCUGAUUUACAAGUGCGGAGGAAUCGACAAGAGAACCAUCGAGAAGUUCGAGAAAGAGGCAGCUGAGAUGGGCAAAGGCUCCUUCAAGUAUGCCUGGGUGCUGGACAAACUGAAGGCCGAGCGUGAGCGUGGUAUCACCAUUGACAUUGCUCUGUGGAAGUUUGAGACCAGCAAGUACUACGUGACCAUCAUUGAUGCCCCUGGACACAGAGACUUCAUCAAGAACAUGAUCACUGGUACAUCUCAGGCUGACUGCGCUGUGCUGAUUGUCGCUGCCGGCGUUGGUGAGUUUGAGGCUGGUAUCUCCAAGAACGGUCAGACCCGUGAACACGCUCUGCUCGCCUACACUUUGGGUGUCAAACAGCUCAUUGUUGGAGUCAACAAAAUGGACUCAACCGAGCCCCCUUACAGUCAGAAGCGUUUCGAGGAAAUCACCAAGGAAGUGAGUGCCUAUAUCAAGAAGAUUGGCUACAACCCUGCCACUGUUGCCUUUGUCCCCAUCUCUGGAUGGCAUGGAGACAACAUGCUGGAGGCCAGUGACAAGAUGAGCUGGUUCAAGGGGUGGAAGAUUGAGCGUAAAGAGGGUGGUGCAAAUGGCACCACACUGCUCGAGGCUCUGGACUCCAUUAUGCCUCCAAGCCGCCCCACCGACAAGCCCCUGCGUCUUCCCCUGCAGGACGUGUACAAAAUUGGCGGUAUUGGAACUGUCCCUGUCGGCCGUGUUGAGACCGGUAUCCUGAAGCCUGGCAUGGUCGUCACCUUCGCUCCCCCCAACUUGACCACUGAGGUGAAGUCUGUGGAAAUGCACCAUGAGUCUCUUCCCGAGGCUCUGCCCGGUGACAACGUCGGCUUCAACGUCAAGAACGUCUCCGUCAAGGAAAUCCGCCGUGGAAACGUGGCUGGUGACAGCAAGAAUGAUCCACCCUUGGCUGCUGAGAACUUCACUGCCCAGGUCAUCAUCCUGAACCACCCUGGCCAGAUCUCCCAAGGUUACGCUCCCGUGCUGGACUGCCACACUGCUCACAUUGCCUGCAAGUUCAACGAGCUUAAGGAGAAGAUUGACCGUCGUUCCGGCAAGAAGCUUGAGGACAACCCCAAGGCUCUCAAGUCUGGAGACGCUGCCAUCAUCACCAUGGUGCCUGGAAAACCCAUGUGUGUCGAGAGCUUCUCCCAGUAUCCCCCACUGGGUCGCUUCGCUGUGCGUGACAUGAGGCAGACAGUGGCUGUUGGUGUCAUCAAGUCGGUCGAGAAGAAGGCCGCCUCUGGUGGAAAGGUCACUAAGUCUGCUCAGAAGGCCGACAAGAAGAAAUGAAUUGUCAUGGAGGACGUCCAACAUGAAGUCGCGUCUCAGCAGCAGCAGGUUCCCCGUUCCCCUCUUCUUCCCGGCCACCCAGUGCCAUCUUCUCUGAAGCAGAGCUCUCUGCUCAAGGACUGGCUUAUGCUGAUUAAAACCCAUCGGAAAAGUUUCCGCAGGAAAGGAAAGCUUGUUCCUUGUAGGAGAAAUUAAGAUCAUAACUAAGUUGAAACCAAAACAAUAAAAAUCUUAAACAUUGCCAAAUGAA